AUGGCUUCGGGCUCUCCCCUCAAGCGUCUCAGGUACAAGACCAGCGACUUCACCAUAUCUCUCUCCCAGAAAACCACACCUAGAUCACGACCUUAUCCUCCCGCCCUUUCCUACCUAGAGAUCUUUCCUGCCUUGUAUCGCCGACCUCUUCCUGAAGUCAAGGUGACGAUUAACAUUAAGGAUCACAAGAUCAGCCGCCGCGCGCCCUCGCUCGACGGAGCCAUCACCGUAGAGCCGGUCUCUGCGGGCCUUCCUCCCCGAACCGAAGCCCGGCUUUUCGACAUCGUCACCUUCUUUGUCCCAGAAACCGCUGAGGAGGCCAUCCACAAGAUGCUUGAGUGCAUGAUCUUUCCUUCCAAGAAGCGCCAGCUCUUGGCCCGCUACCUCUCCCGCUUCGCCCAUGGUGCUGCCGCUGAGGCGGGCAAGAAGCCGAUCGAUGGGUUGGAGCUGGUCUUCGAUUUCAAGAUAGUGGCUAUCUGGGAGUAUAACGAGGCCCGAGUGACUGCAGAAGUCGUCAACAAAUCCAUCGGUGUUGCUCGUCCUUCGUCGUUGCGAGGCUUUGAGGAAGACAUCUGCGGCAACGAGCGAGAGUUUCCAUCAUCAUGCCCGGUGUGCCUCGAGGACUUCUUCUUUCCGGACUGCAUCGAGCAGCAGCUCAUGUGCACCCCAUGCUUCCAUGUCUUCCAUCAACGGUGCAUCGGAAGGUGGGUCAAGGACACAUGCCCUGUGUGCCGCUUCAAAUUUUGAAGUAUCUCUAUUGCUUUCUUUGGGUGAAAGAAACCAGCGAUAUGUUUCGUAAAGACUUAUCUCGAGUUGGUAGUUAGAAUAUUGAUGUUGAGUUAUGGAAUAUUUUUGAUCGGUUUUUUUUGCUUGCAAUCUUUUAUGCUAAGAGAGAGACGUGCAUGUUUUUGUAGAUAUUGAUGUUGAGUUGGAUCGCAACGAGGCAUCGAUGUCAAUUUUGCCUUAUUUUGAUUUUCUUUCUUUGUAUCCAGGGGAGGGUAACAUUGAAUUGCAGUGUUCUUCUUUCUUUGAGAAAAAUAAAAAAUGUUGCAAUUUAUAUAUGCUC